AUGAGAGAGGAAGUCAUCAGAUACAGCGAUGCAAGGCCAGUUAUAAGUCUGAGCACUCCCACCAAUGUCAGUGUGGACUUGACUCUCUAUGGAAUCUUAGGAGUGAAUGAAAAAGCACAGGUGUUGGAAACAUUUCUGUGGGUGAGGAUGACGUGGCAGAUUGAAGGUUUGAGCUGGGAUCCUGCUGAGUGUGGAACAAAAAAGAUCUCACUACCAAGAGAGAAGAUAUGGGUUCCAGACAUUGUCAUUAAUGAAUUUGUGGAUGACGAUGUAUCUCAGGCCUGUCCUUACGUGUAUGUGAACCACACAGGCCACAUCCGCUAUGACAGGAUGUUGAGGCUGGUUAGCGCUUGUAACCUACAAAUCUUCAGUUUCCCUUUCGACAUACAGAACUGCUCUUUCACCUUCGGCUCCUACAUGCAUACCAUAAAGGACGUCCGUGUCAGUCCUGUCCUGUCCUCUAAGGAGAUGACCAUAAACUCGAAGCGUUAUCUGCAGGCCAGUGGAGAGUGGGAGCUGGUGGAUAUCUUGGGCGACACUAACAUUUUGAAGUUUGGAAUAGAUGAAUGGGACAUCAUCACUUUCUGGGUGGUGAUAAAGCGACGGCCGAUACUGUAUGUGGUGAACCUGAUCAUCCCCAGCUCCUUCCUCCUGAUCAUUGACCUCCUGUCAUUCUACCUGCCGCCGCACAGUGUGGAUCGAUCCUCUUUCAAAAUGACCCUCAUUCUAGGAUAUACAGUCUUUCUUCUCAUUAUGAAUGACCUGCUUCCCAGCACUGCUAAUGGGACACCUUUAAUAGGUAUUUAUUUCUCAGUGUGUCUGGCACUCAUGACCAUAAGUCUACUGGAGACGGUCCUCAUUACCUGCGUUCUCCACCAUAAUUCAAUGAAAUACAGGGAGGUGCCACACUGGGUUCAGGUGCUGGUGAUGCGCUUCAUUGCUCGACUUAUUUGCUACAAUUUCCCUGAAGACCCUUUAGCCAAGAUAGAAGGGAAACAAGAAACCAAUCCAUGGGUCAUCCAGCCCUCAGAAUCAACGUCCAGUCAACACACAUCCACUAAUGCAUCUGGAACCAUGACACUGGAUGUGCCUGAACUCAGACAGAUCAGUCAGGAUCUUAGAGAUAUGAACACUUAUUUGUCCAUUCUACGAAAGGAAGACCAUCUACAGAACCAGUGGUGCCAUGUGGGCUACAUUCUGGACUUCCUUCUCUUCCGCAUUUACCUGUUGAUAAUCAUCGGAUACGCGCUUGUAAUCAUAUGCAUGUGGUGCAUUUGGAUGAACCAGUAGAAA